AUGGGCCAUCUUGUGACAUUGGCAACAUGCUCUCUCAACCAAUGGGCCUUGGAUUUUGAGGGCAAUGCAACUCGCAUCAUUGAGAGUAUCCGCCUGGCCAAGGAAGCUGGGGCUACUUUACGAGUCGGCCCAGAGCUCGAGAUUACCGGAUAUGGAGUCCUUGAUGGCUUUUUGGAAGGCGAUACCUUCCUGCAUUCCUGGGAGAUGCUGGCGCGUAUAAUCGAGCAUCCGGACUGCCAAGACAUCGUCGUUGAUGUUGGCAUGCCUGUACGUCACCGUAACGUGCGAUACAACUGUCGGGUCAUCUUCUACAACAAGAAAAUCGUCAUGAUCCGACCAAAGAUGUGGCUUGCAAAUGACGGCAACUACAGAGAACACAGACAUUUCACCCCAUGGCAGCGACCUCAAGAGGUAGAGGACUACUACCUGGAGCAGAUUGUGGGAAACAUCACCGGUCAAUACAAAGUGCCAUUUGGCGACGCUGUUAUCAGCACACGCGACACCUGUCUUGGCUUGGAGACAUGCGAAGAACUCUUUACGCCCAAUUGGUAUGCAAAACACCACAAACUCUACAAUUUCAGACUGCUAACAUUGGGUGUUGAAAUAAUCUCAAACUCGUCCGGAAGCCACCAUGAACUGAAGAAGCUUGACACUAGAGUGAACCUGAUCACACAAGCGACCAAGCUGAGUGGCGGUAUCUACCUCUAUGCCAACCAGCAAGGCUGCGAUGGAGACCGCCUAUACUAUGAUGGCUGUGCAAUGAUUGUAGUGAACGGCGACAUCGUAGCUCAAGGCUCUCAAUUUUCCUUGAACGAUGUUGAAGUCGUAACAGCAACUGUUGAUAUUGAAGACGUUCGAACUUACAGAUCCAGUGCCAGCCGUGGAAUGCAGGCAAGCAAGCAGACUCCUUUUGUUCGUCUUGAUUUAGACGUACGGCUCUCUCGCCGAGGGGAAGAGGCUGAUCCAGGUCUCACUGUUUCUGAACCGCUCAAACCUCGUUUCCAUCCACCCGAGGAGGAGAUCGCCCUUGGUCCGGCUUGCUGGUUAUGGGACUACCUGCGCCGAUGUGGAGCUGCAGGAUUCUUCCUUCCUCUUAGUGGAGGAAUUGAUAGCUGUGCUACGUCAGUCAUUGUGCAUUCAAUGUGUCGCGAAGUGCUUAAAGCUGUGAAAGAAGGCAAUGAGCAAGUGAUCAAGGAUGUGCGACGUCUUUGCGGACAGCCGCCCACCUCCGAAUGGUUACCCCAGACUAGCCAAGAGAUAUGCAAAUGCAUUUUUCACACAAGCUACAUGGGCACUCAGAAUUCAGGGACCGAGACUCGAGAUCGUGCUAAAAGACUAGCUGCGGAUAUUGGAUCAUAUCAUAUCGAUUUUAACUUUGAUACAGUGGUCACUGCUCUCAUGGCUCUUUUCACGACUGUGACAAACUUCCAACCCCGCUUCAAGGUCCAUGGAGGAAGCCCACCGGAGAAUGCGGCUUUGCAAAAUGUCCAGGCUCGGCUCAGAAUGGUUCUUUCGUACCUGUUUGCCUCUUUGUUGCCGACUAUCCGUCAGCGCCCAGGUGGUGGAGGCCUUUUGGUGCUUGCAUCUUCGAAUGUUGAUGAGUGUUUACGCGGCUACUUAACAAAAUACGAUGCUAGCUCGGCUGAUCUCAACCCCAUUGGCUCAAUCAGCAAAGUCGAUCUGAAAAGGUUCAUUGGUUGGGCGGCCCACAGCUUUGAUCUUCCGAUCCUGGAAGAAUUCAUACAUGCGACACCAACUGCAGAGCUUGAGCCCAGGACAGCAACAUACAUACAAUCUGAUGAGGCUGAUAUGGGUGUUACAUAUGCAGAACUUGGAACAUUUGGUAUGUACUCGGGAAACUUUCUUGCAAGUCGAUUUUUUCUUAUCGAGGAACAGGUUACCUGCGCAAAAGGUAUUGAAGCUUGGUCCUUGGUCGAUCACCUGUGGGGAAAUGACCUAAGCCCACGCGAAAUCUACCAAAAGACUCGCCACUUCUUCUACCAUUAUUCCAUCAACCGCCACAAGAUGACUGUCCUUACCCCGAGCUACCAUGCGGAGCAAUACUCACCGGAAGACAAUCGGCAUGAUUUACGCCAGUUCCUGUAUCCCUCGUUUUCCUGGGCAUACAAGAAAAUGGAGGACAGUGUUCAAUUCUGGGAGUCGCAGGGUUGGAUAACAGGAAAAUCGCAGAAGAAGAGUGUCAAGGCCGACUAA